CACGAGCCGUCCGCGGACACGACGAGAGCGGAGGGCGCCGCGCGGGUCCUGAGCGCGGAUAUAUUCCCGUGUUUAAAAAGCCAGUUUCCCCCGUGCUUUUCGCCGAGGUUCCUUAAUCCUGUAUGUAAAUGGCAGCCAAUGGAUGCGGCCGUUGAGCUGGGCUGGGAUUAGCGGAGGCGAAUGGCUUUCAAUUUUACUGGAUUACAGAACAAAGAAAGGGGGGAAAGGGGACCGUGUGCCGCGUUAAAGAAAACAGAAAGAAACGGGCACAAACAUUAAUGGUAAUAACAAGGAGAAACGGGAAUAAUCUAGCGAGGCGAUCCGGAGCGAUGUUUCGGAUUACGGACUCUUAUUAACGCCAUGUUAUCCUCCUAGAUGGGAAAAUCCUCCUCGCAGUUUCGCUUGGAUUAAAUAGAGAAUAUAAACCCGUCCUUGUAUUCCGGGAUUGACGGCGUCGGCACGUAACGCAGCCGUUUUAGGGACAAAAAAAGUGUGCUGUGCUCUCGCUCGCAGAGGGGGGCGGAUGGCGCAUGCGCGGAAACCCGGGGCCGACGGGAUGCGGACCGGCUCCCGUGCCGAGCUGCGGGUUCCCCAGGUGUCCGCCAGGCAGGAGAUCCUCACGAGCCUGGUGUCCGCCCUGGACUCGGUGUGCACCGCCAUGUCGAAGCUGAACGCCGAGGUGGCGUGCGUGACCGUGCACGAGGACAGCGUGAUCGCCGUGGGGACGGAGAAGGGACGCGUCUUCCUCAACUCCAGGAAGGAAAUCCAGUCUGACUUCCAAAAGUUUUGCAGAGUGCCAUGUCUGCAGACGCCGACUGCGGUAAAUGCCCACACCAAAGCCCAGGAUGGCGAUGCUGGUAAGACCAGCAAAGACACGGGGCACGUGGUGCAGUGGCCCUCGGCGGAGUCGCAUUCGAACGUGUUUGUCCUGCGGAAGAUGGUGGAGGAGGUCUUCAGUGUGCUUUACAGCGAGGCUGUCGGGAAGAGCAGCCUGGUGCCCGUGCCUUACGACUGGAUCUCGAAGGAGCUCGGCUCCGUGAUUGUCCACGGCCUGCCCGACGGCGUCUCCCUGAGGAAGCCUUCUGAGUACGACACAAAGACCUUAAUGAAGAUCUUGGAGCAGAGCAAUCGCAUUCGCUUCACUGUCAAAAGACCCCCAGAGGAGCCGUUGCGGGAGGCCAAAACUUGCGUGGAGCUCAACCACAACUCAUCCAGCACCAAAAGCCACGCCAACCACACCGUGCUGAAGCCUGGAGGCCAGGAGGCAUCCACCAGCGGCUCCGUGCUCUCCAGCUUCCUGUACGGUAUGCCCACACCCUCCCAGACCCACGUGGACGGCAAGUUGGAGCUGAAGCCCACCUCCCUCCACAGCCUGGCCAAGGAGAGGCCCGGCGCGUGGGCCCCGGUGGCCGAGAAGGUGACGCCAGCCAAGGACUGUGCCGACAACGGAGACCGGCUUGGCGUCCCAGGAGAUGUGGGCCAGAGCCCCCCGGGGCUGCACGUCUCCAAGCGGCUACUCUUCUCCAUCGUUCACGAGAAGUCAGAGAAAUGGGACUCAUUCAUUCGAGAAACAGAAGACAUCAACACGCUGCGGGAGUGUGUUCAGAUCCUGUUCAACAGCCGAUAUGCUGAGGCGUUGGGUUUGGACCACAUGGUUCCCGUGCCGUACCGGAAGAUUGCGUGUGACCCAGAGGCGGUGGAGAUCAUCGGGAUCCCGGACAAGAUCCCUUUUAAGAGGCCGUGCACGUACGGAGUGCCUAAACUAAAGCGCAUCCUGGAGGAGAGACACAAAGUCCGCUUCGUGGUAAAGAGGAUGUUUGACGAGAGGAUUUUUACAGCGGCUGGGAAGAUGCCCAAGGAGGAGGCCAAAUCAGAGACGGUGUCCCCCUCGGAGGAUGGUUUCCCAGAGACUGCAGGGGUGCAGCCGGUCUCACUAGAAGGGGCCAACAACGCUCACAGCAGCAGAUCCACCAGCACUUGCGUGAGCCCCUUGGCUGACAGCGAAGCAGGGCCUUCCGGAGAUUGCGUCCCGUUGAAAAAGAUUAAAACCGAGCCACCAGAUGGAGAAAUCAUUCAAGUGACGGUACCAGAUGCCAGUGUCACUGCGGAGGAGUCGGGCGAGUCUCCGGCCGACGCCGCGGUCCCCGACACGCGACGUCCCCCUGAGCUCCUAGCAGCCGACGCGGUGUCGCCGAAAGCAGCACCGCAUCUCCCUAAGAGACCCGUAGAAGAGGACCUCGGGGAAAUGAUCCUUCGCCUCCGCAAGCAGGUCGAGAGCGUGUUUAAUGCAAAGUACGCUGAGGCACUGGGCCUCCCAGAACCCAGCAGGGUGCCCUACUCCAAGUUCCAGAUGUACCCCGAAGACUUGUGUGUCGUGGGUCUCCCGGAGGGCAUGUCCUUCCGCCGGCCCAGCUGCUUCGGCGCGGCGAAGCUGCGCAAGAUCCUCGCCGCCAGCGGCCAAAUCCACUUUGUCAUCAAGAGACCAGAACUGUUAACCGAUUCAGUGAAGCAGGAAGCUCCUCCCCUUCCUGCCUCUAAUCCAACAGACCAAGACUCCAAAGAUAACAUAUUAGAAGGUACUGGGACAGCAUCGAAAAGACCCGGUUACUCUGACAGUUUAGAGGCCAAGCUGUCCAGAAUUGACUUGGCCAACACCCUACGAGAACAAGUCCAAGACCUGUUUAACAGAAAAUACGGCGAGGCGCUUGGCAUUAAGUACCCGGUCCAGGUGCCAUACAAGCGGAUCAAGAGUAACCCCGGCUCCGUGAUCAUCGAGGGCCUACCCCCAGGCAUACCCUUCAGGAAGCCAUGCACCUUCGGGUCCCAGAACCUGGAGCGGAUCCUGGCUGUGGCCGACAAGAUCUGCUUCACCAUCACCAGGCCUUUCCAAGGGCUUAUUCCCAAACCAGCACCUCGGCGGAUCACCUUGUUAAAGAAGGCCUAUGCCUCAAUAAGUGAUGAAGAAGAGAUCAAUCGCAUGGGAGAGAAGGUGAUCCUCCGAGAACAAGUUAAAGAACUCUUCAACAAGAAGUAUGGAGAAGCUCUUGGCCUGGAUCGCUCUGUCCUGGUGCCGUACAAGCUGAUCCGCGGUAGUCCAGACUCCGUGGAAGUUUCUGGGCUCCCGGACAACAUCCCCUUCCGCAACCCAAACACGUACGACAUCUCCCGUUUGGAGAAGAUCCUUCAGGCACGGGACAGCAUCACCAUAAAAAUCAAGAGCCAGCUACAGCCUUUUGCAGAAAUUUGCACCCAAACAUGUACUACAGGGAAGGAAGGCUCCAGCAGCCGGCGCAAACGUAAAAGGGCCCCUGAGAGUGGUCAUGUGAUGACCUGUGGGGCGGAGUCUAGCGUAUCCACCAAUCAGAUUCCUGUGAUGCAAUGGCCUAUGUACAUGGUGGAUUACAGUGGAGUAAAUGUGCCUGGGAAAAGCUCUUGGGAAACACAAAUACUAGCAGAUCCACCAAAUAUCCGCUGAAAUGGAGGGAACAUGGAGUAGUAUGUCUUGUCAGUCCAAUAUUUAUGACUAGGGCCCAGAAUAGUUUUUUUUUUUUUUCCUUUCUUUUUUUUUUUUUUUUAAACAGCUGUCACUGUAUUUCAGUGGGUUUUCCUAAAAUGGUCUUUUUGGGCAUCCCAUGUUUGGCAGAUAAUCAGCACAUGCACAUGGCUAAUUAUAAUACACACACACACACACAUUGUCUGAACCGCUUGUCCCAUACGGGGUCGCGGGGAACCGGAGCCUACCCGGCAACACAGGGCGUAAGGCCGGAGGGGGAGGGGACGCACCCAGGAUGGGACGCCAGUCCGUCGCAAGGCACCCCAAGUGGGACUCGAACCCCAGACCCACGGGAGAGCAGGACUGUGGUCCAACCCACUGCACCACCGCGCCCCCCCAAUUAUAAUAUUUGGGAUUAAUUAUAAUUUCUUUUCCCUAACAAUCAGUUUGACUAUAUUUGCGAUCAUGUAUAGUGAAAAUGUCACAAUGCCAAAUGUAGUCAAAAUAUCCAGAUGCCUCUCUAAUAGAGUAAAACAAUAUAUCAUAGGUACAAUGCAUAGGCUACUUUUUGUUUUCAACACGCAUGACUUAAACAGAGGUGGGAUUGCAGCAUUUAGUCAUUUAUUAAGCAUUUAUGAAUUGUCUUGAUUCCAUAAAUAUCCUUGAUUAUAUUCUCACAUUUCCUCUAUAUAUCCUUCCUUCCUUCAUAUGUAUUGAGACACCCAUGUGUUUUUUACUGCUUGUUUUACUUUUGUCACCGCACAAUAUUGAGCGUGCAACACCCUCGCUAUAAAAUCGGCACGUUCUCAAAAUGAACGAUUUCAUGUCAUAUGUGGGCUUGUCAUUUUGUCGACGCUUUUGUGUAACAUCAGGCAUGUGGGAAGUGUUAACAUUACUGCGAAAGUUCUCCUUUGCCCAAUCGAUUAACGUGAUGAUACAAUCUUAUUUAUUAUAAUUUAUUUUGCCAGCUAAAUCCCGUUGAGAUCAAAUCUCAUUUGUCGGAGGCACCUGGCCGAGCGCAUUUCUUCCGCUUAUUCGGCACUUGCGCUAAAUAUCUGCUUCGAAACGGUCGCUGCAUCACUUUCCCUGCUGACACGACACUGAAAUGUAUUAAAGAAAAGAGGACGAAAAAUAUAUGCGGGCUUUUUGUAUAGUCACAGCUUCCGGUGCUCGUCUCUAUAGAGCGCUUUCACUACAAAACCCACCUAUGACAAUGGAACAGAGGCCAAAUGUAUAGGCUAAGUGCUUAAGUGCUUGCGGUCAAAAGAAGGCUCGUUCGUGAGGAUUUUUUCAACAGGGCACAAAAAAAAAAAAAUACUAGAAUAAACCUUUACAUAAUGGGUUUGAUGGACACACGCUUGUUUGCUGUUUUACUGUUGUAAAAAGAAGAUGAAACUGUAGCUCUGUGCUUAAAACACUAAUUUACACAGGCUUUCUGACAACCUGCUGGACGUGUGGUAUAUUAUAUGCAGUUUAGUUAAUGGAGUUCCAAAUCCGAAAUGCUCCCUUUCAAACUUUUUUUUUUUUUUUUUUUUUCCUCCCCCUCUCCUUUCCUGUUACAACAACUAUUUGCUAUUUUCUUAGGGUCCUUUUGCCUGGAUCACUGCAAGAGGACUCUAACAGUGUAUUUCUCUGCUGUAGAGGAAAAGGUCAGACCUUGUAGGUCAAUUACUUUUCAGACACAAAACGCCUUUUUUUUUUUUUUUUUUUUUUUUUUAAAUGAUGCGGAUGCUGGAUAACAUAGUUGUCGUGAUUUUUGUCUAUAGUAAUACUCCGGAUUUACACUUUCAGAUGUGUGUAUGACUAUUUAUUUAUUUAUUUGGGGACGCGUGCUGUUUAUUUGCAGGGAUGUGAAACGUAAUGUUUUGCGGAAUUCACCGAGUUAACAAAUUAAAUGUCUGAAAAGUGUGUCUACCAGACCUUUUUCUUUCACAAAAAAAAAAAAAAAAAAAAACUUUG